AUGAAGUUCUCUCUCAGCUCUCUUUUGCUCUCAGCAGCGUCGAGCCUGGUUCUCGCCCUACCAAUCGACGAAGUCAUCGUGUACGAUGCAAUCAUCGUUGGAGGCGGCCCUGCAGGCCUCAGCGUUGCGAGCGCCCUUGGUCGUGUACGCCGUAGAACUCUCUUAAUCGAUUCUGGAGAGUAUCGUAAUGCGCCUACAAGGCACAUGCACGACGUCCUCGGUUUUGAUGGCGUUACCCCCGCAUGGUACCGAUACGCGGCCCGCGAGCAGAUCUCUCAUUAUGAUAGCAUUACCUUGACCAACGGCACUGUCACUAAGAUCGCAGGCAAUGAUGCAGACAAGUUUAUUGUAACAACCAACUUGGCCAACAACUCAGUCAAGAAUGUCCAUGCACGCAAGGUCAUUCUUGCCACCGGUCUGAAGGAUGACCUCCCCAACACGCCAGGCUUCUGGGAGAACUGGGGUAAGGGCAUUUACUGGUGCCCUUGGUGCGAUGGAAACGAGCACGCAGACCAGCCCCUUGGUCUCCUGGCCGGCUCCUUCGACGACCUCCCCUCCCUCGCCCGCGAGAUCCUGACGCUCAACACCGACCUCAUCGCCUUCGCCAACGGCACAGAUACACCCGAGGCUCGAGCCAAAACGGAGACCAAGAACCCCAAGUUCCAGGAAUACCUCGACUUGCAUAACGUCACGAUCGAGAACCGCACCAUCACGGGCUUCACCCGUCUUAAGGAUGGUGGCGAUCCGGCCCACGACCCCUCGCUGCCGACGGCACCGGAGCUCGACCUCUUCUCGGUCAACUUCACCACGGGCGACCCCGUCCAGCGCGCUGCCUUCUUCGUCAGCUUCCCCGACGAACAGCGCAGCAAAAUCGGCGAGGAGGCCGGCGUGCAGCUGUGGGGCGGUCGACUAGCGACUGACGUCUCCAAGGGGUAUGCGACGAACGUGCCAGGUAUCUACGCCGUUGGUGACGCGAACUCGGAUAACAGCACCAACGUGCCGCAUGCGCUGUAUACCGGCAAGCGGGCGGCUGUGUUUUUGCAUGUGAGACUUGCGAAGGAGGACCAGGCCAAGGAGACCGGUGUGAAUGUCACCGCUCUGAGAAGAGAGCUGGAGUUGGAAGAGCGCUCCAUCUGGGACGUCGCCAACGGCCAACCCGGUGAACUUCUGUACGCUGGCGAAUACGACCAGUGA